AUGUCCUCCCGAGCCUCGAUAGGCGUCCCGCAGCGACAGCCCCCCUCGAGGUCCCUGAGCAGUUCUGGCACCCUGUCGCAGAGACCUGCCCACAAGAGAACACUCUCAUCGCAAUACCUGCCUCCUUCUCCUGUCCGCAACAACAGCGCCGACUUUCCCCCCUCCUCUUCCGACCCUGGGCCCGGCGCCGCCACCACCUCCAGCAACAGCCAGGCCGGCAAUGUUGCACAGACACAAUAUGGCACGCCUCGCCGCGGCGGUUCGCGGCUCCGUCUGGAGCUUGCCAACGAUGGCAUCACACACUCGGGCUUCGUCGAGUCACCGACCAACGCCGGCUCCGCCAUCGAUCUCUCCAAGCCCUUCACCCCGUCAAGGAGAGGACUGGCUUCUGCCGACAAUAGCGACAACAACCCUCCCCUACCAAUGCCACGACGCCGAUGUCGAUUUGCGCUCCCCGACCUGAAGAAGCACGUGGCUGCUCCGGCGCCGGCUCCCGUCAAGAAGGAUAAUAGGCCCAAGCCAUAUAGCAUCGAGGCCCCGCCCGCGGCGCCGCGAUGGGCACUAGUCAGUGGUGGGGGCAAGGACUCGCAGCACAGGUCGGCCAGUACGAGUGCCCCUUCGAUGGGACAUGCCGAUUUUAGCCCGUGGACUGGCGACGGUCCCGAGGAUCACUUCACUCAAUCCUUCAUACAGAAUGGGUACUUCGACAAGGGGCCCUUCGGCCAGGCAGAGAAUGGGACCGGCAAAUCCGCCAUCUUCCCCAGCCUCAAACACAAGACGGGUCUCUAUGCCCUCUCGACCGUCUUCACCGGCCUGCUCGGGGCUAGGCGGCACAGCGGGCAGAUCACCUCGCCCUCCACCUUCAAGCCGCCUCCGCGCGUGACCGUCACCGACACCAAGAGGGAGGCCUGGCUGAAGGAUCUCGCCAACCCAGCGAGCUCUCUCCGCCGGCUGAGCAGGACGGUCCCGCACGGCAUCAGGGGCAAGGGCCUGCUGGACCAGUGCCUGAACAAGAACAUGCCCACCGACCGCGCUGUCUGGCUUGCCAAGUGCGUCGGCGCCAACGAGAUCAGGGCUUUCAAGCGCAAGGGCGUCAACGGAGCUGUCGUCAUGGGCGGCGAGGCCAAGUGGAUAAGGGACUGGACCGUCUUUGUCGAGCAGUUUGUCGACGGGGUUGUCGCAUCCUUUGGCGACCCAGACUGGAAGAACAAGGUCAAUUAUGCGGUCCGACUUGCUACUCAACUCUACGCCGAACACUUGCUCGACCGCGAGCAUUAUAUGGAAUGGGUUGUGCUGGGCAUCGAGAAUUGCCCCAACUCAAAACUACCCAUGUACCUUCUUAUCAUGCAGAUCUACUGGAAGGAUCUCCUACGCCUGAGAAAAUAUGGCCGACGGCUCGUCGCCGCCCUCCUCAGCCAAUAUAGUACCAUACAAAACCACCCCGACCGCGACAUCUUCGCACCACUAGCAGCAAGAUUAGUACAGCUCAUCAAGACCCUGGUGUUGUCGACCUCGGUCAACUUUGUCUCCCCGUCCACUUGGCCCAAGCACAAGGACGUCCUCGCGGCAGCUCUCCCUGCGGAUGACAGUGCCAUCUUGGCCGCCCACCGGGUCAUCAGCUCCCGCAACGAACAACUGCUCUCGAGCGCACGGGCGCCUGCAGCCCGCGGCAUUAUGGUCAAACACCUGGACGGCGCGCUGCAGGCCCCGAUUCCUGAGGACCUGCCCAUCCGAUGUUGGAACAUGUUCAAGGGCAAGGACAGCUCUGUCAGGACCACACUGGAAUGGUGCACGUCCUCGUACCGCCCAGGACUGUCCAAGAUCUAUAUUGCCCACCGGCUGCUGUCAGCCUGGGCUGGCCUCGGCCUCAACACGACAGAUGCGGUCCUGGGCUUCAUGACUGCGCUGUACCAUCUGGUAUCCGAACUCGUCCGCUCUGGGCAUUUCGAGCCCAUGGCGUACAUGCAGUGGCUCAUAGCCCGUGGUGGGCUUUACGAUUCCAGCGGUGUCGACCAGGACGGCCCUGCGACGACCCGACUACUCGUGGAACUGCCCAUCUUUGCCCUGCCGGACUCGUUGAGGACUAUGCGUGCCAACAUGCUUGGUCGGGCGGGCUACAGCGUCGACGACGAGGCGACCAACACAGAGAUGGCUGUUAACUCUGUGAAGAGCAGCCUGGGUCUGCACUGGACGGAUGCGCCCCAGACGGGCAGCAUAUCCGUCGACAAGCUCUGCAGGAGGAUCAGGAGGAGUAGCCGUGCACUGAAGGUAGAGGUUGGCCAGUGCCUCCGCCGGAUCUUCGUGUUGGAGAUGGCACAAGCGCAGACCGCCAGCAAGGAGGUUCUCAGGUUUCCCACGCCCACCUUUCUCGCCGCAAGGUCCAUCCUGGAGGCGGCUGAGGACUUCAGGACCCUCGGCGAGCUUCUCAAGACCGCGUCGGACCUGUUCGACGCCGACAUAUUAUCGUCGUGCGCCGACACUCUAAAUCUCCAUCUGCCUACCCUCUGCGCGUUGGGCAUCGCAAAAGAUGUGUUUGAAUCUCUUGUAAAGAGGCUCGGCAAUUUAUCCCAGACACAGGGCGUUGUGGCCGUGCGUCCUCUCCUGACAUCGAUGGCCAUGCUGGUCCCACGGAUCCCUGGUCAGGACGCUCUUGUCAAUCACCUCAACGACGCAAUCCGCAACGACCGGAACAGCGCCGUGGACGCCUCCUCACCUGUGAGCGAUAAUAUGGCCGCCCGCAUUCAAGAUGAGGAAGGUGAGCUUUUGGACGAGAUCGAGAAGAGGCUGGCAAACAAGACUAGCAUGGACAGGACCACCAUGAACAGUUUUCUCAACAAGAUCAUUCCCAAGAUUCAGGCCUGCUGGCUGAAAGCUGACGAGAGGCUGCGUGCUUAUGGCUCUCUGCUGGCGAGGCUACGAUACUUUGAUACGCAGCAUUUCGACUCGUUCAUGACCAAAUGGGUUCUCGGGAUCCGCAACCCGCAGAGCCGACCACCACUCGGGCAAAUCUUUCCCCUCAUGGUCGUCGUCGGGUGCCUCAACUUUUCUAUCAUACUGACCACGACGGGUGAUGCCGUGUCCGUCGCUGCAAGACCGAAUAUGGCCGCCAAGGCGGGAGGGCGUCCGCAGACAUAUGUCCAGGAGGUCCUCGAGCUGUUCACAGCACCGCCAUCAUCGAAAGAGUUGCUGACGCCCGAGGAGGCAUAUCGAUUUCGGAUCCUACAGGCCCAGGCGCCCAAAACACACUUCAAAGAGAUGGUGGUUCUUGUCCGAAAUGCUCUGGCCGAGUAUUGUAGCGCCAACAGCCAGGAGGACGCCUCAGCUGUGCCUCUGGCGAACGAGAAGGCGCGGGACCGUCUAGAGGGGCUACUGAGGAGCUUGGUGCUGAUCGACCAGCAGAACGUCCCCAAGCUUCUCAACUUGAAGGCCCUGGAUCCUGCCGUGGGAAAGAUGUUGGACAGUAUAACGACACGACUGCUGCUGCCGGACGAGGCACCGGGAAGACAAUUCACCUUCGAACAGGUCCUCGGCCUGGCCAACGAGCUCACCCUGCCUUUCUGCCAGCUGAAGCUGAACCAAUGCAUGGCGAUGGUCGAGACGAGCGGCGCCAAUGCCCAAGACAGGCUGCAAACGCAGCUGGAGGUGUACUCCAAGGCCAUGGACGACGCCAUUGACUCCCACAACAUCACAUGGACCGGGAUCCUCCCUUGGCUGCCGGCAGAAGUCUCACAGCAUCUCUUGACACUGGCCCAGACUCGGCUGUUCAACCUGCUGCCAUCGAUGAAAAACCUGAUCCCCGCCGAUGAAAGCUUUGCUGUUGCCGAAACUUUACUGUCCGUGAUUGACAUCCUCAGCCGGGGUCGUCCAACACAGCUAGCCUCCAACGUGGUCGAUCGGCUGGCUGAUCUGUGGGAAGUUCUUGCGUCGCCUUCGGAUGAGGAAGUGAAGAUUGGGGUGCUUCUGAAGUGGCUGCCGCUCAUGCUUUCGUUGCUCGCACUGCAUGCGCCCGUUCAGGAGCCGGCCAACAAGCAAAACGGCGAGGUUCGCGGUCGGGCCCUUCUCGUCCUCACCGGCCUCCUCCAGGAACUCGAAGGCCUAUCGCCACUGGCCAUAUGCAACCCGGACAUCCCCUCCAACCAUCUGUCGCAGCUCACGCAGCGCACCUUCGACCUCGCCCUCCUCCUCGUCGACACGCUGCCCGACGAGGCCCGGCAACAAUGCAUCCGCCACCUGCGCGAUGCCCUGUCGGACCCGCGCCUGCGGUACAUCUUCAGCUACGCCCCGCAGCCACACGACAAUCUGAUGCUGGCGCACAAGGACAAGCCGGCGACCCCUGCAGGCCAAAGGCCCCGUGGCGGGGGCGGCGUGGCCGGGGAAAGGCUCGGCGCGUUCACCUUUAGGCGGUGGGAGAUCCUCAACGAGCCCACGCCAAAUAUUGGUGAGAAUGAUACGAGCCUGGACCUGAGACUCUUUGAAGGCAUCAAGUUGCAGUGA